UUUGUAAAAUUUGAAACAUUUGGAACGAAUUGUCACCACUCGUUUGGCCCCUCGCUAGGAUUUUUUUUUUUUUUUCUUUCCUUUCACUUCCCUGCGAGUGCCUUUGCGUAAGCGCAAUCUCCGCGUUUGCUUCGCGAUUUUUCGCUUUUCCCUUUUUGAUUUUCUUUACCUUAAGCCAGUAACAUAGCGAAAGCGGAAGGAAGGAGCUGCGAAGGAGCGCAGGCGCAGAUACGUACAUAUACAUAUAUAUACAUACGUACAUACAUACAUAUAUACAUACAUAUGUGAAACCCCCCGGUAAAAUGAAGCUGUUCUUCUUCUCCUUCGCGCUGGUUUACCUCCUGCUGGUGAACAACGUGAACUGCCUGUUCAAAAAUCUGAUCAGCGGGUUUUACUGCAAUGAGGAGAACUGCUACGGGAUUUUGGGUGUAAGCGAAACGGCCAGCGUGAGCGAAAUCAGGUCGGCCUACCACAGGCACCUGACGAAUUUGAAAAAUAACUACGACUCGGAAAAGAAAAAAAAAAUUGUGAAAGCAUACACCGUCUUGGCUAACAAACGAACGAGGAAAUAUUAUGAUUACUAUUUGAAGAACCCAAACAGCAUCCUCAACGUGAUUUACUUCCUUUUCUAUUGUGUAUUUAAGCUCAUAAAGGUGAUAAUCGCGUUGGUAAUUAUUGGCUUCCUCCUAUGUGGCUUCCAAUACGUUAAUAAUAAAUACCAAAUGAAGAGGAGGGUCCAGAAGUUGUCGAAAAAUAAAGCCUUUAAGAAGGAGGUGCAAAACAGGAUAGGGUUACAGCACCCAGAUUUCCGCACCUACGAGAUGGCCAUGAAGAGGAAGGUAGAAGAAGACAUCGAGGUGGAAGUGGCACACGAGAUGGGACUGAUAAGCAACAAAAGGGAUGAACAGUUUGCCUUUUCAGAUUUAAUAAUUGUUAAGCUGUUGAUUCUUCCCAAACAGAUUAUCUGCUACGUCCUAUGGAAUGUCAAGUGGUUGAUAAAGUACCACAUUUUGAAUGACGAGUAUGAUGAGAGUGAUAAGUUAUACAUCACGAGGAAGUGCCUCAACAUUCCGGCCCAUAGGUGGGAUGCCCUCUCGGAGGAGGAUAAGAAAAUGCUUUUGAAGAAGCAGCUGUGGGUGAAGGAGAUUCAAGAGGAGUUUUUCGAAGAGCAGCGCGAGAAGGAGCGACUCAGCAAGAUCUCCAGCGCCAAGUAUAAGAAGCAGGUGCGGAUGAAGAAGAAGGGCAGCAGCUUUAACUACAACGAUUAGGGUUGAGCGGCCAGCGCGUUUGUGCGUACGCGUUUGUGUGGAACGCGUUUGUGUGUAACGCGUUUGUGUGUAACGCGUUUGUGUGUAACGUGUUUAUGUGUAACGCGUUUGUGUGUCCAGUUCGAUGGGGCGGUUCGUCUUAACCUUUUCUUUGUUAGGGGGGGGCCCCAGGUCAUCCGUUUACUCGCUCCAUUUUUUGCUUUAUUUUUUAUCUCCAUUUUUAGCUUCUUUUUUAUCUCCUUUUUUUUCGCUCCUUUUUUUCGCUCCUUUCUUUCGCUUCCUUUCUUUCGCCCCUUUUUUGAUCGGCGCCCACUCAAGUGAGUACCAUGGCGUAACGCAACUGCACGCAGCCUCGAACGCGCCAUUAUUCGUUCCAUUCUGGAGAAGCAUAUCUCCCCGAAAAAAGAAGAAAAGGGAGCUCGCCCCGCUCAGGGGUGCGUCCCACUCGGUAGACAGCCGCGCGGAUGCAGAGGUGAUAUAUA